CCCUGUGCUGCUCGGCAGCUCAGUUGCCCAUCGCCGCGACGACGACACGGUUGCGCCACGACGACAGUCAGACGUUAACGUAUCAGGGCUACUCCGAGAGUAAACACGUUGCUUCUCUUAUCUGACGCGUAAUUUGAUUCGUACGGAUCGAGUUUCGAGGGACCAGCAACGCAAGGAGAUCCAGCCAUCAAGCACAGCCAGCGGUUGAAACUCGGCACGCGAAUCCACGUAGUUCAGUACUGGCCCGAUCUUGAGUAGCCGCGGUGGUGCUGUCAGUGAACUGGCUCCGGUGAAUCCGACGGUUCUUUUUCAGUGCGCAAUUUUUAAACGAACACGAGGAGGCGAGAGAAGAGCCGGAAGUAGCGGGAGUAUCUACGGUGUAAGAAGCCAACGAAGAGUAUGGAAAAGGAAUCGAAAUCGGUCGCCGGACGUUACUCGUGAUUCCUCGAUUAUCGUCCGAUUCGUGUUGUAUGAGGUACCGGCGGAAGAGUUUCAAUGCACGAGUGCCUUUCCUGUUCAGUAAAGGAUUUAGCAGAGGCGAGGAAGACUCUGUUGUCCUUGAAAUUCAAUCCCCACACGAGGAGAAUGAAAGAAAGCGGUUCCACGAAUUUCCAUGCGCAUCGCUAAGGUCCAACCAGAGUUUUGUUCGGUGGCAAGAAACGAUGAAUAAGCCCAUCACGUGCUAUCUGGAACUUGAAUAGAAUUUUUGAACGGAGAUAAGGUUCUAAUUGUCUUCGAACGAGUUCAGUUUAGCGAACAAGUCUACCGGUCGGUACUCGAGCAGGGAUGAACGCAGGAAUCCGUACCUGAUCACAACGAAACCACCAUUCAACGAAGAGACUAGACGAAAGUGUGAGGUUAAACGCGUAGUUUCUAGACAGUAGAUGUGUUAAAGUGUGAAACGAAACACGGGAUAAUACGGUUGCACCGAAAACAGGAACCGAGUUGUUUCUCGAGUCGCCGCUCAAGUUGCCGUCGCUCGCUGCAAGCUGUCCGGAGUUGCUUCGCUCGACGGAUCGCUGGCUUCUACCUUUACAACGAAGAUAAGUUGAAAACACGUUACACUAAGCACUGUAAUCAUUCUCCACGAUCGACGAAUAUUACUUUUGGACACAUUUUCAAUGAUGGAGAUUUAUGAGAACACUUAGGGCCGCUGACAGGUCCAUCAGUCGGUUUCUUCAUUUUCGUACGAACGAAUACCUCUUAUAUUUCGCGAUAUCAACUGAACUGCUCAAUUAGUAAUCGCUUCGUAGCAAGCCUAUAAUAAGAAUAAACUCCUAGUGAUUUCCGAGUUGCUAAAGCUAUUGAAAACUAUGCGACUGCUCGCCGCAAACCGUCGGAUCUCGAGCAAGCGUUAUGUCAAGGCCUAGCAACGAUAAUAGCUUCGUUCUUUUCUAUUCGUUUCUUUGACUAUACGAAUGAAUCAGUCUGCGAUUUUUAAUCUUCUGUAAGCAUCGUGUACGGUUACCACAGAGCCCAACGAAUUCAGCCUUUCCGUUCGAGAGUCUCCAACAGCAGAAUCGCUUAUAAACAAAGUUCCUAGCAAUCGAGACGUUACCUCGAGACGAAAGAGCAACGACAAACUGUUCAAACUUGUAGCGUCGAAUAGUCGAGUAGCGGCGCAGGCGAAACGAACAACGAUCUCCUUCAAACUUGUUGUUUCAACGAGUUCAACCGAAGAUGCUCCAUUGACGGGGAGAACAAGCAAAGGAUCAAAACGUAUAGCAUUAACGAUAAGUCGUGAGAGAAGAAUGUCGUUUUGAGCCGUUGGAAUAAUCAACAAAGACACAAAAAUGCCGCAGCGAUCGCCGUUUGCGAUCCAGGAGCUGCUGGGGCUGAAUGGUACCGGAAACGGAAGCGGUACCGAUCGCGGCUCACCUCAAGGAUCACCGCCGGCCGGCGUCUCCGCUGUUUCUUACGCGCCUACGGCGCCUCAUCACAAGUUAUGGGACUACAUGCCUAGCUUGACGAAUCAUCUGGGCAAUCUGGGGAAUCUUGGGAAUCUGGGCAACCUCACGGCCUCGCGGAUGGCCUAUCUGAAUGCGCAGGCGGCCGUCGCGGCUGCCUUCCUGCCGCCGCCCCACCCCCACCCUGCACACCACGUACCGCAUCAUCAGGUACAUCAGCCGGGACAACUUCCGGCUUCACCGGCCGGUGUCAACGUGCAUCCGGGUGCACACGCGCAGCACGUACUUCCGGGUACCGCAGUUACCACGAACCAUCAUCAGCAUAGUCCGACUCAGCACACGCCACCCCAUGGUUUCUCCCAAUCGAAGAGUUCGUUCUCGAAUACCAGUCCAGGUGUCGGGCACAAUAUAGAAUCCGGGAAAGAUUUCACGGUCGACGGUCUCUCUGGUUUCAGUAAAAAGAAGAAGAAGAAACGCCGUCAUAGCUCCAGGACGAUCUUCACGUCACAGCAGCUGGAGGAGCUGGAGGCAGCCUUCAAGGAAGCCCAUUAUCCUGACGUGUAUGCUCGCGAGAUGCUCAGCCUUCGAACCGAUUUGCCCGAAGACAGGAUACAGGUCUGGUUCCAAAAUCGGAGAGCAAAAUGGCGUAAGACUGAGAAGUGUUGGGGCAGAAGUACCAUAAUGGCGGAGUAUGGCCUGUACGGAGCAAUGGUGCGACACUCCCUACCGCUUCCGGAGACUAUACUGAAAAGUGCCAAGGAGAACGAAUCGGUAGCGCCAUGGUUGCUAGCUCAAUCAUCUAAGACGAGCAGCUUUAGUCAAGAUAUCGAAAAUAAUCAAGAACUGAUUGACUGUGGCCCCGCAGGGAUGCACCGGAAGUCAAUCGAAGCAGCGGAACAUCUCAAGUCCGGCGGAGAGGACAGCGGAAACGAUCACAAUGGAAGCGGAAGCAGCCCCCAUCAUAAUCAUCAUCAAGGUGGACCGACCAGCUCCGAGAGCGGACAGGAAAGUCAGGACGGUAUGGGACCUUCUUCGUCGUCAGGAAUCGUUCAGGAUACGGAACAGCUGAGGAACGAGAGCAUCGCCUGUUUGAGGGCGAAAGCGCAGCAGCAUCAGCUACAGUUGAGUCUACAACCUACGGCUGCGCCUACCAGCACCUCGUAUCCUGCAGGGCCGCAGUCCAGCACGCUUCAUGCCUCCGUUUAAUCACCGUUUCGACAUUCCUUCCACGAGUCAUCGGAACUAGAAGACGUUCAAUACUUCAGAGAACAAUCUCGUUCGAACUUUAAACGCUACGUUUUCAGCAAGAAAUUUUGCCAAUAAUCCUCGCGACCGAGUUUCAGAGGAAACGGAAGCCCGUCGAAGAGAUCGCGUCAGCGGACUAGUCGGCUAGUCGGUCGCCACAAAAAUUGUUCUUCGUCUUUUCUUCGAGUCGCAGAGCUUCGCGAUAUCGUUACCGAGUCUAAUUUCGACGAAUCAGGGUAAACGUCUAUAAAAGGUACCUAUACGACAGUUGUACAGACAACAUAUACCGUACACACAUAUACACACAACGAAUACGAAUCGUUCGCGUUCGAACGAUCAGGCUAAAUCAUCGAAGCGCUGAUCGAUAUCGCGCAGAGCCUACGCAAUUCUCGCAUUUCGCGUCUCACCUUCGAACGAAUCGACAAUAGGAGGAAGCGUCGAUCACGAAGGGGACGAACAACGAGAAUUACUUCGAGUCGGUCCUCAUUCAACGAAACGGUGGCCUAUGGACGGCCAAGUACAAUGACGAAUCAUCGAUCGCGGUGUGACAAAGCUCGCUUCCACCCGUCGACAGCGACUCGUUCUCGCGAUUAAAUGCUUUUCCAGGUUUACACCUCGAAACAGCCUCCCGUAUCGGCGAUCGUGUGUCAAAAUCGUGGAAACUCGACAGGCAACUUACGGCAGGUGGGUGUCUGCGCGAGCGAGUCGCAGGUGAAUCGACGCCAAGUGGAAGGCGAACAACUAAUUAGGAGUUAUAGCCGCUUUAAAUAGUGCGAGUAUAAAUAUAUACAUAUGUAUGGAGGAGCGUGUUUGCUGCAUCGUGAUUACGUUAAUUACAGUGAGUCAAGAGAGGAAAAGAUAGAGAGAAAGUGAGCGCGUGAGUAUGCCUGCGUACCUUGAAACGAACAUUUCGCCUUUAGGAGAUCACCGGAAUGAUUUGCAACGAACAACAAGCUAAAUAAAUUAUCAUGGCGAGUGAGACGAGUUUACGAAUUAAAAAUUGCCCGACACAUCGAACUUGGACGCCUCGAACACGCCUUCUGUGACGUUGCAUCGAAGCGACAUGCUUUCCAGUUCACGAGAAGUUGGAAAAUCGUUUGAAAAUUUACGAUAGAUGCCACAAUUGCGGAUUAAUUGAUCAUUAAAGAGUACGUGUUGAGCUCAUGCGUGCGUGUGCUAGAGAAAGAGAGAGAUAUGUUUUUGCGGAUACCACAUGUGUGUGUGUGUGUGUGUAAAAGAGAAAGAGAGAGAGAGAGAGAAAGAGAGUGCGUGUGCAACGGAAAAUCUUUAUUAGAGAACACUUCCUAUACUCAAGUACUUAAAGAAGACGUAACUGUUGUCAAAUGUGCAAUAUAUCGGUAUAAGUUCUAGCUGGAUAAGGCAUUAUACUUUAUUUACGGAUACAAUUAUGUGAGGUGGUUGUCAGGGUAAUGGUGCGUCGACGGUCGGGCAAGAAAGGUCAAAGCUGACUAAAAUUGAUCGGAAUAGGAUGCAAUCUACGAGUCAACGAGAGGAUCUUUAAUUCUCUGUGCAUCUUUGCAACGAACGCGAAAUUUCAAAACCGCAUGACCCAAAGAAAUGGAACCUUCUACGACACAGAGAUAAUUAUCGUAUUAAUUCGUUACUCGUUACGCGAUUCAUAGAUCAAGAUGAAUAAUUUCGGUAUACCAAUGUCGGCACAGAGAAUUGUUAAAAAAGAAAUUGUAAAAAGAGUAUAAAAUUUUUCGAUAGUAUAUUUAAGAGUUUCUCUCGUCUUGCAUCCUGUUUGUUAACAAAGAAGCAAUUACUAAAGUAGACGUUGUUGCCACAAAGAUAUUGCCACGUGUAAUUUUUAUUCUUCCACCUCGAGGACGAUGUUCGCGCCGCGCUGGCGCCGUUACCUUGCUCCUGCCCACUGUAUAUAAAUAUAUAUAAAUACAAAGUAUAUAUAUAUAAAUAUACAUAAAAAAAUAUAAAUGCGAAUAUAUGUGGUUACGAGGCACCCUAAGCCGGACGAGUCUCUUUGCGAUUUUUCUGUUUACAGUCGGUCUCGUGAUCGUGCACCUCACGUUUUCAAACAUUAAUAAUUACCUUUCUGAUUCGCGUCACUUUUGCACGUUUUGUUCUUUCUCAACGCGAGAAUAGACCUUCGAUUGAAGCAAGGACGAAGGACAUCUCAAGCGGCAAAGAGUUUCGUUCGUCUUAGAUCCACCGGAUUAUAACACAUAACGUAACGCACUAUAAUUUAAACAAAACAAUUACGGGAUGAGGUAACCACAUGCUACAUUGAGGCAAGAAUGAAAAUGGAGGUAACGAAAGGAACGCUGCUGUUGUUUGUAAGACACACUUAACAACGCGCUUCGGAUCUCAAGCGAAUUCCCUGUAUCCGAAUGCUCCAACGCAUGCAUAGUAGUCGGCUAGUGUAUGUAAUAAAUAAAAUUUCUGAACAAAACGAUACUGCAUUG